AUGAAUCUUCACACACCAUAUUUAGAAUUACCUACAUCCUGUGCUACACUUAAACGUGGAACCAAACAAGGUCAAGUUACAGAUGCAAAUUCCUAUGCUAACACUUCCUCCAGUACAUCGAUGAAUUCGGCUUCCCUGCCUCCUGCCAAAUGCAAGAAGAGGGGUCGCAUGGAUAACGGAAAUGGGAGGCACAUGCCUCCUAACUCAGGGCAGUCACAAUCUACCAAGGCCCAGGGCCCCAACUGGGGCUCCUUUGUUGGGAUACAUCUCCAUCAGCCUGGGCAGGUCAUGCUCCACGAAAGCCAAAACAAAUUCUCAACAGACAACUUGGCCCGGACUUUUUAA